AAAUGACCUUUCUGACAGAGAGGGACUCCUCACUGGACACACCAAAAUAUAUACAUAGGCUAAAGAGCGCUGCAGAAUGAAGCCGGUACUCUCUCCUGGUCUGGACGCCCUGAUGUGGUUCUGCUUUUCCACUGGACAGAACGUGAGACGGGACGUGUGACAAGACGUGUGACAGGGCGAUGCCGUGUGAACCCUAAGGCUACAGACAAGGUGAUGGCGUGUGAUCCACCCAGGCCUCAGACAGAGUGAUGUCCACAGCUCCGGUGAGUUGGCGGUUACCAUGGCAACGCACACACUCUCUCACCUUGCCCUGUGGCAUUCGGGCACACUCUCGCUGCUGCUCCUGUGCGCUCACGCCGCCUGCCCCGAGCUCUGUGAGUGCCCACACCCACAACACGUCCUUUGUGCCAACCGUGGCCUGCACGCCGUUCCCGAGUGCAACCGGUCCGUGCGUGUGCUCGGCCUUGCUGGAAACUCUCUCUGUAACGUGAGCGCGCUCGCUUUGAAACGCUAUGACCACCUGACGCGUCUUGACCUGCAGUUUAACCAGAUCCGGCGCAUACACCCAAAAGCAUUAUCGCACCUCAUGGAGCUCGAGGAACUGUACUUGGGACACAACCUGAUUACGGAGCUGCAGCCCGGGACCUUCGGAACACUUCGGAAGCUUGCGGUGCUCUGCGGGAAUGAUAAUGUGCUCCGGGAGCUGAGAGCAGGGACGUUCGGGAAUCUCGAGGGUCUGGUCCGGUUACGGCUCGAUAAGAACUCCAUAGAGCUCCUGAGCGAGUCCGUUUUUAAACACUUCUCCAGUUUGAUGUUCCUGCACCUGGAGUCUAACCAGCUUCAACACAUCCACCAUGAAACCUUCUCCAGUCUCACCAAACUCCAGUUUCUGGAUCUCUCUAAUAAUAAGCAGACGCAGCUGCGCCACACAGCCCUGUUCUCCCAGCUCAGGUCUCUGGUCACCCUGCUCCUCUCCAGAAACCACAUCACACACGUGGGACCACAAGUGUUUCAGAACCUGAAAAAGCUCACCAAACUGUCUCUGAGUAACAAUAACAUACUCAGUCUGGAGAAUGGCACGCUGCAGGGCCUCACACGCCUCCGGGAGCUGGCAUUCGAUGGGAACGAGCUGACUGAGAUCCGGGCGGGCGUCCUGGACCCACUUACGCGCAUUGAACAGCUCAACCUCAGUAACAACCAGAUCACAUGUAUCGAUCCUGCCGCAUUCACGCGCCUCGCCUGGCUCAGGGUGCUGGAUCUAAGCAACAACCGGCUCAGGAGGAUUUCAGGCGCUGCUUUCACAUCAAACGCUGCGCUCUUUCAGUUGGACCUGAGUGGCAACCAGUGGAGAUGUGACUGUCAGAUGGAGAAGCUGAAGGAGUGGAUGGAGGAGACACGCACCCAUGGGAAGUUAAUCACAACGCUUGUGAGAUGCCAUCAUCCGCCUAGUCUCAAGGGGAAAUAUCUGGACCGUGUAAAUGACACAGAGCUGCUGGCAGAACGGAACAAAAGCAGGUACUGUCUACAGGAUGGUGUGGCAGGAGAUAAGGAGACACCACAGGUAUCAGAGGAGAGGCAGAGGAGAGGAGGAGAGAAAGAGGAGCACACAGUGGCCCUGGCUGGUAAGGAAGAUCACAAAAAUCCCCCCAAAAAGAGGAAUAAAAAAAGGAAACUUAGACCAAGACCUGCACCACGUGCUUCUGUGCAAGCAAGCCCCUCUGAGGCUCUUCUUGGAACACUGACAACAAAAAUGUUUCCUUUAAUGGAUAACAUCACCAUGUGGGAGCUAAAUGAUUCCCUGCAGAACCCCGGCAGUCAGAACCGCGUGGGUUCAGUGGCACAGACCGGCGCGGAGCGGUACGCAGCCAGAAGCGUGGAGGUGUCAGACGCGUGUCAGUUUAACCGUCAGUAUAUUGUAAAUGUGAGCGUGCACAACGUGACCUUUGACUCGAGCACGGUGUCGUGGAGCACACCUGCAGACACGCACACCGUCCGGGGCCGAGCUCUGAUGUUCCGAAUCCUGUUCGACCGCUUCGGCCACUCAGUCCGUUUUCCACGCUAUGUUUACACUGACGGCUCAGCUCGAGCGGUGACACUGCAGGAGCUUCGUCCGGACUCCACCUACAUCACCUGUGUGGAAAGUGUAGUAGACGGGGCUUUGUGCCAGGUGGCACCACGAGAUCACUGUGUGGGUUUCGUCACCACGUCGCCGUCGACGGAAAGCGACAUCAAACUUCAGCAUGUGACCGCGGCCGUGCUGACGGUCAACGCGUUGCUGAUCCUGUUGGUGGGCGGGAUUUGGCUGGGGCGUGUCCUUAGGAGGAGGCUCAAAACCCGGAAGUCGUCCACGCACACUCACGUGCGUCAUAUAUAUUCCACGCGGAGGCCCUUCAGGUCUGCCAUGGCAACCACAUGUGUCUCGUCCGAGUUCAGCGGGUAUCAGAGCGGGCGCCCUCUGGCCGAGGAGGGAGAUCUCAUCCAGUUCCCCGCUGAGCGUUUCUACGACAGCAGCUGCACUCGCAGAGACGACGGCUCUGUAAUACCGAGGUUAUCUGACUAAACUUGAGUUUGUAAUGUGAAAGUUUGUGUGUGUGUGUGUGUGUGUGUGUGUGUGUGUGUUCGUGUGUGUGGUAAAUGCUCAAAUAUUUAUACCAGGCAAUUAUUUCUGCUUGUGCUUCAGUAUCCAUGUGUGCAGGCAAUAACCAGACACAGAUAAACACUUGUCUCACUGUAAAAAUAUGAUAGUGGUGUAUAACUUCAAACGGCACCUCAGUAAACAUGACUCUGUCAGCUGAGGCUGUAACCCCUCCUGCUGGUGUGGAGGAGAAAAACACCACUGUCACUUGUACACACGUUUUUGACCUGAUCAUAAUCUUGAUAUUAAGUGUGUUAUGGAUGACAUUUUAAAAAUGUAUCUCAGUGACUUUGCUCAUUAAGUACUGCCUGUCAUUAAUCACAGCUUUAAAUUUAAAAAAAAAAGGGGAAAAUAUGCAGAUGAGCAAGUGUGUGUGUGUGUGUGUGUGUGUGUGUGUGUAAGUGAGAGAGAGAAUCUUUUUUAGUGGCCUAUAUACAGUAUUAGUGCUGAUUUUUAUGAUUUUAUAAUUGUUAUAUAUAUACAGUAGUACAGAAAAUGUGUGUGUGUGACGAAGAAGCUACUACUGAAGUUUAUGUAACAUUGAAGUGACCGAUCUCAUUUCUCUAACUUCAGACGUGUUGGAGAGAUGAUUUUAUAUGAGCCCCAAAAAUAGACAUUUUUCAGCGUUAUACUUACACUUCAAACAAUAAUCAUUUAAAAUUCAAAUUAUUUAUAAUAUAAGUAUUGAUAUUAAAAUUGGUGUAAGC